UGGUGAUCAGGCUGCCAGCUCACAGGUGUCUCUGUAGAGCAAGGCCCAGUAUGACUGCAGGAGUCACACAGGCUUAAGGACAAUGCUGCAAAGACUACUUGAAGAUCCCUCCCACUUUUCCAAGGCAGAAAAUCUACAGACCACGAAACUUACUUCUCAGUUGUCCACCAAGCUAGACUUAUCGCAAUGAAGCUAAUUCAGCUGAUUUGCUUUGCUGGCUGCCUUGGAAUAGGAUGGGCUGUUCAACUGUCCAGUUUAGACAAAAUCUCACUAGAUUUCUUUCCAAAUGCGAGCGUGAUUUUAGCAGCAAGAAUGAGUUCAUCUUUCAUUGUUAAUAUUCCUAAGUGUAUUUCUUCCUCUCAAUUCACACCCACCACGAUUAGACCAGCAGUAGCAGCUGUUGGUGAUAAAGUUGCUAUGCCAGCUGUGACAGACACCAAUCAGAUCAAAUCCCUCCACUCUUCCUCUACUGCCCAAGUUUACUUUGCGGGAGAAUUCAAGAGUGUCUCAUGUAGAAUAGCCAGGGAUCUUGUGAGCAUGGACAUUGAUGAUGGGAACUACAAGCUGACCACAGUCGUAGGCUACCAGGUUGGGGUAGAAGUCUGUGAAAAAGCUAAAGGCCCCUUCUGCAAUCGUGCCCUUCAGCCAUCGUCGAUUUACAGGGUAAAUUUCUUUAUUUUGGAUGAAAAUGCGGUAAUAAGAGCUCACACAGGCUGGUCAGAUGCCAUACAAACAAACAAUGUGACAACCUUCACGGCAUAUGAUGGAUCAUUCUUAGGGCGGGCCGGAGGAAUGAUAGUGAUCACGGUACUGCUUUCUGUUGGUAUGUUCGUGCUGGUGGUUGGCUUAAUUGUGGCAGCAGCUCUUGGAGGAAAAAAAUCAUAAAUCAGGCAAGCCAAGAUUGCCUUCCAGAACAAAAAUGACUACCAAUCUGAAUGAACUGUUUUCCGGGAAUCAAGAAAAUCUACAAUAAUGAGUGCUGCAUUAAAGAGGGAACAUGAAGAAUUAGAAAUAGUAUAAAUCAGAAUUGAAGAUGUAUAAUGUAUCAAAUGAAAACUGUAUAUAGCCUGAUUUACAAUGUGACAAUUUUUAUAUCAAGAGCUAACAUUAGAGUUGAGCCCAAACCAAAACUCUAGGUCUAAACAACCCUGAUGUUUGGUUCCAAGUUGGUUUGGGCCUUUCUUUAGCUAAGAUACUUUGGUGCCAUAAACAAAAAUCCAUCGUCAUUAACCUGAGACAUGCAGCUAUGGAGUUGUAUAUCAUGUGCCAUAGUGCAUGACUUUUAAUUGUAGGAGCAACAUUUCUGAGGGUGCUUGGGCAGGCUUUAUAUCUCUGUGUCUUAACACAUCUGCUGUGUUAGUGGUUGUAUGGUGUGCAAUGGUGGAUUAUGGGUGCACUGAGGGCUAUGGCUCAUUGUGUGUAGUGAAUUUCUAUUUACACCCAGGAA